UCUCAGUUCCCCCUCCCUCUUCCCUUUCUCACAUCUGCAAAUCCCAAAAAAAUUAAAAGGGCCCAAAAAUAAUUAAAAUUCUCUGUUAACGGAAAACUGAGAACGCUAGCUGGGUUUUCACGCCAUGGACAACGAGACUCAAACUACGGCGGCGGCGACCUCGAAUUCUAGUGCUUUCUCGUUCAUCUCGAAGGGGUGGAGAGAGGUCCGUAACUCGGCCGACGCGGAUUUGCAACUCAUGAAAGACCGGGCCAAUUCGUUCAAGAAUCUCGCGGCGAGUGUUGACAGGGAAAUCGAGAACUUAAUCCAGUCGGCGGCUCCGACUUUUUCGGUACCAGUGAUCCGGCAAUCCUCGGAAAUCGACUUCAUGAAGAAGCUGCAGCCUAAGAUAUCGGAGUUUCGGAGGGUUUAUUCGGCGCCGGAGAUUAGCCGUAGAGUGAUGGAGAAAUGGGGGCCUAGGGCGAAGUUAGGGAUAGACUUGUCAAGGAUAAGGAGCGCAAUGGUGGCGGAGGUGGAUGAGAACGAGGCGGAGGAUAUGGACGGUAUUAUCGAUGUUACUAAGGUUAGGAAAGGUAGGAGGGCCUGGUUUAGAGAGGAAGGGCAAUUUGGGGAUUGGGAACCAAUUCGGGCCUUGAAGACAAGGUUAAGCGAGUUUGAGAAGAAAAAUUCUUCUGUUGAAAUUUUUGGUGGGUUUAAGAAUAGUGAAUUUGUGGAGAAAGUUAAAUCCAGUUUGAAAGCAAUAUACACGGAGCCUCAGGAGUCAAAGGAAGUACCCCCACUAGAUGUACCAGAACUGUUAGCCUAUUUGGUAAGGCAGUCUGGGGCUUUUUUGGACCAACUUGGUGUUAGAAGAGAUAUAUGUGACAAGAUAGUUGAAAGCUUGUGUAGCAAACGGAAAAACCAACUUGUUUGGCGUUCCCUUGCCGCUGGAGAACCGCCUACUGUCGACAAUGAUAAGAUAAAUGAUGAACUGGAUUUAAGGGUUGCCAGCGUUCUUCAAAGUACAGGGCAUUGUUAUGAGGGUGGUUUUUGGACAGACUUUGUGAAGCAUGAUGUCUCAGAUGGGAAAAGGCAUGUUGCCAUUGUGACAACUGCCAGCCUCCCAUGGAUGACAGGAACUGCAGUAAAUCCACUUUUUCGGGCAGCAUACUUGGCAAAAUCGGCAAAACAAAAAGUCACGCUCUUGGUUCCCUGGCUUUGCAGAUCCGAUCAAGAACUUGUUUAUCCCAACAAUCUCACUUUCAGUUCACCAGAGGAGCAGGAGAAUUAUAUACAUAACUGGCUUGAAGAAAGGGUUGGUUUUAAGGCUGAUUUUAAAAUCUCCUUUUAUCCGGGAAAGUUUUCGAAAGAAAGGCGAAGCAUAAUACCUGCUGGAGAUACUUCUCAAUUUAUCCCAUCAAAAGAUGCUGACAUUGCUAUUCUGGAAGAACCUGAACAUCUGAACUGGUAUCAUCAUGGUAAACGCUGGACCGACAAAUUCAACCAUGUUGUUGGUAUUGUCCACACAAAUUACUUGGAAUAUAUUAAGAGAGAGAAGAAUGGUGCUCUACAAGCCUUCCUUGUGAAACACAUCAACAAUUUGGUCAUUAGAGCAUAUUGUCACAAGGUUCUUCGUCUUUCUGCUGCAACUCAGGAUCUACCAAAGUCUGUGAUUUGCAAUGUUCAUGGUGUAAAUCCAAAGUUUUUAAAAAUUGGGGAGAGAGUUGCUGAAGAAAGGGAACUCGGGCAGCAAGCCUUCUCUAAAGGAGCAUACUUCUUAGGCAAGAUGGUCUGGGCAAAGGGAUACAAAGAGUUGAUAGAUUUGCUGGCAAAGCACAAGAAUGAUCUUGAUGGUUUCAACUUGGAUGUGUAUGGAAAUGGUGAGGAUGCACAUGAAGUUCAGAGUACUGCUAAGAGGUUGGAUUUGAAUCUUAAUUUUCUGAAAGGAAGAGACCAUGCAGAUGAUUCUCUUCAUGGGUACAAAGUCUUCAUAAACCCCAGUGUCAGUGAUGUGCUCUGCACAGCUACUGCAGAAGCACUUGCGAUGGGAAAAUUUGUAGUAUGUGCAGACCAUCCCUCAAAUGAGUUCUUCAGGUCAUUUCCCAACUGUCUGACUUACAAGACAUCUGAUGACUUUGUUGCUAAAGUAAAGGAAGCAUUGGCAAAUGAGCCUCAACCCCUUACCCCUGAGCAAAGAUACAACCUGUCAUGGGAGGCUGCUACCCGAAGAUUUAUAGAAUAUUCAGAGCUUGACAGGGUUUUGAAUAAUGAAGAUAAAUCUGCAAAAUUCAGAUCAAAUGAAAAAAUAAUUGCAAAAUCAGUUUCAAUGCCAAGCUUUUCGGAGAUGGUUGAUGGUGGUCUAGCAUUUAGCCACUACUGUUUCACAGGGAAUGAGUUCCUUAGACUUUGCACUGGAGCAAUACCUGGUACACGGGAUUAUGACAAGCAACAUUCUAAGGACCUUCAUCUCUUACCUCCACAGGUGGAAAAUCCUAUUUAUGGCUGGUAAGUAGAUGUAAAGCCUGUAUUGACAAUUAGUCACACACUGCCGGUAGAAGCUGCUAACCAUGGUUGUUAGUCUAAAGGUUUCUUUUGCUUCAGUUAGCUGUAUAUUUGUUUCUGAAGACAGAUAUCUAGACAGUUUAGAAUGAGUUUUGUUCUGUUUUCUGCCUUUCCUGCCGUUUCUGUUAAUAGAUCAAAAUAGAUACCAAAAUAUUUUAAAUAUAGGGAAACCGAGUGAUCAUAUGUUGUAAGUAAUUAUGUUUUAGAUGUCAGCUCAAGCUGUAAUAAAGUGAUGGCAAUUUUCCUUC